AUGGUGACGAUCUGUACCUACAAUGUACACACACUUGCAUCCGAGUCCUCAAGAGAAGACUUGCUCAUGCAAGCAAGAAAGAUAAGGUACGACGUCAUCGGCGUGGCCGAGAAAAGCCGACACCACCCAUUCUACGCUCUAUAUGACACCGGAGAAGAACCGUUCCCCGGAACAUGCGACAAUAGAGGAGUCGGCGGCGUUGGCGUUCUCGUUAACACGAGUUUGUCCAUAAACAUCGAUUCAUUCGAACAACUUACAACCCGAAUCGGACGUUUAUCAUUAAAAAGACAUAGAUCACUUCCGGCUUUGACAAUCUUCGUCGUUUACGCGUGGACAUCAGACUAUGACGAGGAAGAAGUCGAAGCGUUCUAUAUGGACUUGGUGAAGUUCUACGGAGAAGACCACAUAUUCUUCAAGGUCAUCACUGGAGAGUUAAACACCAAGACUGGACCAAGGAGAACGUCCGAAGGACGUCACAUUGGAACCCAUGAAUUAGAAUAG